AUCAUGAAUAUGAAACACCAUCUCGAAAAAAAAUUGAAAUAACAACUAUUGGUAGUAAUUAUCAUACACAAGUUAAUCCAAGUGAUGUUGGUAUUUAUGACCGUGUUGUUAUUCAUGAAUUAAUUAAAACAAUUGCACAAACUAAACAAAUAAAUAGUAUAGAACAACGAUCAUUUAAAAUUAUUGUUAUUGUUGAAGUGGAUAAAUUAACACGAGAUGCUCAACAUAGUCUUCGUCGUACAAUGGAAAAAUAUGUUAGCUCAUGUCGUGUUAUACUUUGUUGUAAUUCAACAUCACGAGUUAUACCAGCUAUUCGUAGUCGAUGUUUAGGAAUAAGAAUGGCUGCACCGACAAUUGAUGAAAUAAGUAUAGUAUUAAAAAAAGUAGCAAAAUUGGAAGGAAUAGAAUUACCAAUUGAAUUAGCAAAUCGUAUUGGUGAAAAAAGUCAAAGAAAUCUUCGAAGAGCUUUACUUAUGCUUCAGACAUGUGCUACACAAAAAAUUCCUUUGACAAAAGAUCAACAAAUAAUUGAACCAGAUUGGGAAAUAUAUUUACGUGAUACAGCUCGAAUGAUUAGUGAACAACAAACACCUCAACGGAUUUUUGAAGUACGUGAACGUCUUUAUGAAUUAACUGCACAUUGUAUUCCAGCAGAAAUUAUUUUUAAAGGUUUACUUGAAGGACUAUUAACUAAUUGUGAUGAUGUAUUAAAAAUUCAAAUAACACAAACAGCUGCUGAAUAUGAACAUCGCCUUCGACAGGGCUCAAAAGAAAUUUUCCAUCUGGAAGCAUUCAUAGCUAAAUUUAUGUGUGUUGCAUUAGCACAAUAUGAACGCGAACAUACACCAGCUGAACGAAUGAGACUCUUGGGUCCUUUGGCUUUUGGCAAUUCUCGAUUAGUAUUUAAUUGUCCAGCAUUAGUUCCAUCACCAACACUUCCAACUUCAGUACAUGCUUUAAGACCAGCUGAUAUAAAACUUGUAGCAUCCAUGGGUGAUAGUUUAACUGCAGCAAAUGGUGCAAAAGCAAAUUCAAUUGUUGCUGUAAUAGUUGAAUAUCGAGGUGUUUCCUGGUGUAUUGGUGGUGAUGACAAUCUCAAAAAAGUUGUUACAUUACCCAAUAUUUUACGACAAAUUAACAGUCAAUUAAGUGGUUAUUCUCAAGGAACUGGUGAUCGAAAUUCUUCCAAAGCUGGUUUUAAUGUUGCAAAAGCUGGUGCUAUUUCUUCUGAUAUGCCAACUCAAGCUCAUCUUCUUGUUGAUCGAAUGACAAAAGCAUUAGGUGCUGGAAAAUUUGCUGCAGAUUGGAAAUUAGUAACAUUCUUUAUUGGUGGUAAUGAUCUUUGUGGUUAUUGCAAAGAUACAAAUCGAUUUAGUACAGCUACUUAUACGAAUAAUAUUAAAACAGCAUUAGAUAUUUUGAAAGCUCGUAUGCCUCGUGCUCUUGUUAAUCUUGUUGUUGUUCUUAAUGUUGCUGAACUUGAAGAUUUACAUGAAGGUAUUCGAUGUCAAUCAUUACAAAAUUUUAUGUGUGAUUGUGCUGUUAAUAAGAAAACACGUGAACAAGUUCGUGUAGCAAAUUUGGAAUAUCAAAAAGCAACAACUAAAUUGAUUAGUUCAGGUAUUUAUGAUACAUCGGACGAUUUUACUGUUGUCCUACAACCAUUCAUGGAACAUAUGAAAGUACCAGCUACGAGCAAUGGCUUAGCUGAUUUUUCAUAUUUUUCGCCUGAUUGUUUCCAUUUCAGUCAAAAAGGUCAUGAAGCAGCAGCUAUUGAACUUUGGAAUAAUAUGAUGCAAAAAGUUGGUGAAAAAACAACUUCAUGGAAUUUAUUGGAUACACUUGAAUGUCCAACAACAGGCAAUGGCAUGUGCUAUUUAUUUAUUAAUGCACAAACAAGCAAUACUACAGUGGUUGUCACAACUACCACUACUACUACUACUACUGUCAAACCUGUUGUCGUUGUUGCAACUACUCCUGCUGUUAAACCUGCUGAAGUAGUCGCAACUACAGCUGCUGUUAAACCUGUUGAAGUUGUGGCAACUACUGUAGUUGUUAAACCUGUUGAGGUUGUCGAAACUUCUACUAUUAUGAAAGUUUCACAUGCGAUGGAAAUAACAGAUGGACCUACUACUAUGAAAUGGAUGGGCACAGAUGAUACUCCCGUUCCAAUAAUUACAUAUACAGGACUAACACCAGGUUCUCGACAUGGACCAUAUGUUGAACCACCACCACAUCCACUUGGCUAUUGUAUUCGUGGUCGUUUACGUUGUUCCAGAAUUCGUCGUUGUUGCAAUGGACCAUGUAAUGUUAUUACAAUGCGUUGCCCAGAAAAUCAAAAUGUACAAUCUUAA